AUGGUGGGACUUAGGUCACACCUCUUGCUUUCGUUUCUGCUGCUAUUAUCUUGCAGUGCUGAAGCAAGAGUUAGUUCAGAAGCAGAGGCGCUCCUCGCAUGGAAGUCGACUGUCGAGAACCAAACCGCGCUUCAAUCGUGGACGGCCAACGGGAUGAUGGGCAGCCCUUGCAGAUGGUUCGGCGUCUCUUGCGAUGCGGAGGGCGGCAUCACGAAGAUACAUCUCCCGCGCGCGAGCCUAGGGGGAAACCUCACUGGCUUUGAGUUCUCGGCUUUUGACAGCCUGGUGUCCCUCAAUCUCAGCCAAUGCAACCUCUCGGGGCCUAUCCCGCCUCAAAUCGGCUCACUCUCGAAGCUGACGCACCUGAACCUCUCCAGGAACAUUCUCUCUGGUCGUCUCCCGCCCACACUUUCGAACCUCACUCGUCUCUCCUUGCUUUAUCUCGGCAACAACAUGAUAAGCGGCGAGCUGGAUCCGCGCUUGUUUUCCAACUUGACUGAACUCCAGUUCUUGGAACUCCAAAACAACAAUUUCACUGGGAAAAUCCCCUCGGAGAUCGGCCUCCUGACGAAUCUCGUAGAGCUAGCUAUCAAUAACAACCGUCUGAAUGGCUCGAUCCCAUAUGAAAUCGGAAACCUGAAGCAUUUAGAUGCUAUAUCUUUAUACGGGAAUCAUCUCACCGGUCCGAUCCCUGCAUCCAUCGGCAAUCUUACUCACUUGACGAUGUUUUACUUGCAUCAGAACCAUCUCUCAGGACCUAUUCCUCAUGAUAUUGUCAAGUGUACCAAGCUAGUCAAAAUAUUUCUGUAUGACAACGAUCUCUCGGGUUCAGUACCUCCAGGACUCGCCAACUUUUCAUUCCUAGAGACGCUUCAUCUCAGUGAAAACAAUCUCUCCGGUCCCUUACCGCAAGUCUGCCGAGAGUCUCCUCUCGUAGUAUUCACAGCUGCCUUCAACAGCUUCACAUGUACAAUGCCUGGAAGCUUGAGGAACUGCACAACUCUCGUGCGAGUCCGUCUCGAGAGCAACUUCCUUUCGGGGUAUCUAGACCGAGACUUCGGCGUCUAUCCAAAGCUCAAUUAUCUUGACUUGAGCAACAAUAAGUUGAAGGGGGUCCUGUCCCCGUACUGGGGUUCAUGCCUAAAGCUGACACUGCUGAAAGUUGCUGGAAAUGAGAUUGGCGGCACGAUUCCGAACGAGCUCAGCAAAUUAAGUGUCCUGGAAGUGCUCGAUUUGUCAUCUAACCAUAUCACCGGAUUGAUACCCGGACAUUUAGGAAACUUGUCCUCUCUCUAUCAGCUGAAUUUAGGAGAGAACAGGCUUUCAGGUUCGAUUCCGUCUCAACUCGGGCAUCUGUCACGUCUCAAGGACCUUGACCUCUCAUCGAACGAGCUGGGAGGCCCGAUGCCAGAACAACUCUGGAAAUGCUCAAAGCUGUGGAACCUGGUCCUGGCGAUGAACAAUCUCAACGGGUCUAUAUCACCUCAAGUCGGAAACCUAGCUUUGCAAGGUACCCUGAACUUGAGCCAUAACCGCCUUGCUGGCAAUAUACCUCCGCAGAUUGCAAAGUUGGCCGUGGAGUAUCUAGAUCUCUCUCACAAUGUGCUCUCCGGCAAAGUCCCUCCUUCCUUUGCCCUGAUGACCAGUUUAACAUCGGUCGAUUUCUCAUACAAUGAACUGGAAGGUCCGAUUCCAGACAGCAAAUUCUUCCUCCUCUCCGCCCCAACUGCAUUCAGCAACAACAAGAACAUGUGCGGUCCGGUCCAAGGUUUCCAACCAUGCAAUGCUAAAUUGUCAGGAAGCGCAGUUCGCAAGAAAAGCCACAAAUUGUGGAUUAUAUUAGGCGUUUCUUCGUCAGUCGUUUUACUCCUAAUUGUGGUAUUGCUCAGAAAAUCCAUGCUAUCCCGCCAAAGAACAAAAUGCGCAAGUGUGAGAAUUGCUGGGCUAAACAGCAGAAAUGUUUUCUCCGUGCUGAACUAUGAUGGGAAAGUCGUCUACGAGGACAUCGUCAAAGCCACGGAGGGUUUCGAUGACAAGUAUUGCAUCGGUGAGGGCGGAAGCGGAAGAGUCUACAGAGCUCUGCUUCCUAUGGGACAUGCGUUAGCCGUAAAGAAGAUCAAGUCCUCGGAAGGUGAUGAAAUAGAGCAGAUCACAGCAAGCUUCAUCAAUGAGAUCAGGUUGUUGACAGCGAUACGACAUCGAAACAUUGUCAAGUUCUAUGGAUUCUGCUCUAGCGGGCCUCAUAAAUUCCUCGUGUACGACCUGAUUGAGAGGGGAAGCCUAGCGAGCACCCUGAACAAUGGCGGUGAAGCAGCACAGCUCGACUGGAGGAGGCGAGCAGAGAUCGUGAGGGACAUAGCACGGGCCCUGUGUUACAUGCACAAUGAUUGCACACCGCCUGUAAUUCAUCGAGACAUAUCAAGCCGAAACAUCCUGUUGAACACAGAAUAUAAAGCUUUUCUUUCUGAUUUCGGCAUCUCUAGGAUUUUGAAGCCUAAUUCGAGCAACUGGACGGCUGUGGCAGGCACGUACGGUUAUGUCGCUCCAGGUAACUCUCCUUGCGCCUCUUUCUCUCUUCAGGACUAUAUUACUAUCAGCAUAUCAGAUAAAUCAGUAUACUUGAAAAGGAAGCUAGUUAUUCGCAAAAUUGCUAUUCGACAAUGGAUUUCUCGUGGCUUGAUGCCAGAGCUCGCGUACACAAUGAGCCUGACUGAAAAAUGCGAUGUUUAUAGCUUCGGUGUCCUGGCGCUCGAAGUGAUAAUCGGAAAACACCCAGCGGAGCUCGGCAUAUCUCUGAAUUCCCUGCAAUCCGAGCAAAGCGUGGAGCUAGAAGAUCUGUUAGAUGCACGUCUUCCACCUCCGGCAGAUCGAAUCACCGUGAACGAAGUGAAAGCAAUAGUGAAGCAAGCACGUUCAUGUAUAGAUGUUGAUCCGAAUCGUAGGCCAACCAUGAGAGAAGUGUCGCAGAGCCACCGUUCGACGAGCAUCCUGUGCCCGAGCGUGUACGACCCCGUGCGAUCAGCCUUGGUCCGCCUCAUCGGGAGGCAAUGGGCUGCAACACCUACAGUGCUCGCCACGUUCGCGGCGUUGGCCCUCAUGCACGAGCUGAUGCUCUACCACAUCGGAAGGAAGGAGCCCGCGUGGGUGAUCGGGCGGUUCUUCCUCCUCCACGGGGUCGCUGUGGCAGCAAAGGUCACAGCAAAGAAGGCGCUGCGCAGCACAAGGUGGCAGCGGCUGCUGACAGAGGUGUCGAGGGUGUUGAUGGCGGGGUUCGUGGCGGCGACGGGGUUUCGGCUGUUCCUGCCGCCACUCCUGCAGCGCAGCGUGGUGGCGAAGGCAGGGAGGGAGACCAUAGUGGUUGUUUAG